ACGCCCUAUUUAAAGAAAAAGGAGCCAAUUUAAAGUGACUUUAAAACUCCAAUGUUUGCUUAUGAUUUAACUCCUUCCCCUUCUUUAUGAAGUCGAAUAAUAAACUUUGUAAACAAUUUUCGCCUAUGUUUCGCAUUGUGUUUGAGCUGCAACCUGGGCUUAGCCCAACUCAAGACCCUUUCUUUUUCUACCAGACCUCUAAAGCUGCUUUAUACCGUUCAGUUAAAAAGAAAAAACAAAAGAUUUCUGAAGUGUUCCUCGGCAAAAGAGAAUUCUUAACUUUUAACAUCCUAAAAGUGCCCGUUGAAAACUGCUCAUCGUUUAUAGAGAUGGAAGUAGAUCCAAAGGAGGUAUACUCAAGUGCAACCUCAGGGGACUGCCUAAAGGCUCUUCUUCACUUUUAUAAGUACAACAGCUCGAAGAAUGAACUUUUAAAGAAAAACAAACAGCUUCCUCCUGAGUCGUUAAGAUCUAAACUUGUUUGUAUAGCUAAUGUGCCAGCUUCAGUAGACUGUUGCGAACUACUUCACUUCCUUCGGUCUUCUUUAGCAGCUGUCUCAAAUAUACGAAUCGUUCAAGAACAAUCGAAAGAAAUUUAUUUGGUUUUACUUCAGUUUCGCACUCAGUUAUCUGCCGAUGACUUCUUUUUGGCUUUCAACGAUGUUCCCUAUAACUUAAACUCCACGCUCUGCCACGUCCUGUUUGUUGAAAAGGUCGAGAUUGUGGAAGGCAGUUGCUUUGAUUAUUAUCCGCCGCUAGGAACUACUGAGCUCCCCUCCUGCUCUGUGUGUUUGGAAUUCUUAGAUGACCAAACGACCGCCAUCUUCACAACGCUCUGCAAUCAUUCCUUUCAUUGUCAGUGCAUUCGUGCUUGGAAGCCGCGCAGUUGUCCGGUAUGCCGCUUCUCCCAAAGCCCACAGAAUCGCAACGAGUGUUCUUCCUGUGGCGUUCACGAGGGUCUCUGGAUGUGUUUGGUGUGCGGAAAUAUCGGCUGUGGAAGAUACUUGCAGAGGCACUCUUUCGAGCACUUCACUCUUACGCAGCACACGUACGCGAUGGAUCUCCAAACACAGCGCGUCUGGGACUAUGCAGCAGACAAUUAUGUUCACCGAUUGGUUCAGAGUUCUGAAGAAGGCAAACUUGUCGAGGUUUCGUCCGCCUUUGCAAGCGUGGAGGAAAAAGUGGAUUCGCUAACUCUUGAGUAUUCGCAUUUGCUAAGCGCACAAAUGGAAGAACAAAAGCGAUACUUUACUGAACAGUUGGAAUUGAGAUCGCAAGACCUCACUAACAAAAUUGAAUUACUUGAAAGCAAACUCAACGAGGAAAAGAAAAAGAAUAACACACUUUUAUCGCAACUAACAAAUACACAAUUAAGUUAUAAAAAGUGUACUUCUGAACUUCAGGAGGAGAGACAGCUUUCGAAAUCUUUAGAAGUGAAUUUGCAGUACUGGAAGAAACAGAAGGAAGCAAAGGAAAAACUAAUAGCCCAAAAUGAGCAGGAGAUAGCCGAACUCAAGAGUCAAGUGCGGGAUCUAAUGUUCUUUCUGGAGACUCGAGAAAAGCUAAAAGAAGAUCCGGAAUUGCAGGAUGGGAAGCUAAUUGUGGUAGAUAAAAAAACUUUGCCUUCUAAGAAAAAACAAAAAGCGGGAAGUUGGAAUAAGAAAACUAAAGAAAAAUGAGUCUUUCAAAUUCUUAAACUGCUCGAGGCAAAUUACAGCACUGUUAUAUUAUAGAUGAGCGAAUAUAUUUUCAUACAGUGAAAGAA